UUUCUGCAGGGCCGUGACAGGCACGCCUUGACAUUGGGCAGCUUGCUGCUAGCUGCUACCUCCCCCCCCCCCUCCUCCUCUCCCGUCUUCUCCACCAAACCCCUCCAAGUCCAAGAUCAAGAGAGCCGGAACGCACUUAUAUAUAGUACCUUGUGAGAGGAUUGAUCGGCGAUCGGGGUCCAUGGGGCUGCGGGCUUGUGCCAUGGAAGGCGGUGAGGGCGUGGGCUCGCCGUUCUUCCAGUGGCUCAAGCCGCGGCGGCCCUCGUCGCCGUCGUCGUCGGCCUCCAUGGCGGCGUCCUCCUGGCAGCAAGUGGUGGUGCUCGGAGAAGAAGGGCGAGCGGGUGGAGGAGUGGAGGAAGCGAGAAGCAUGGCGUGCCUGCCGCUGCUCAGCAGGCUCGGGGAGGGGAAAGGGGCCGACGAUCAUCACAAGCAGUGCUCUGCUGUCAAAGAAGAGAUCGCCAUGAGCGGGGCGAGCAGCGAUCUGGCGCGGUCGGGGGUGGAUUUGAAUAUUGGGUUGCCGGUGGGUGGAUCCUGCAUUGAGGAUGCCGUCAUGGAAGAGAAGGACGAGGAGGAGGAGGAGGAGGAAGACAACGAAGUGGAGGAGGAGGAAGAUGAUGAGGACGAGAGGGAGGAGGAGUGGAAGCACCAGAUGCAUGGCGGCUGCAAGGUGGAGGGGAUGGAUCAGCAGCAUGAUAACGGCGAGGUGGUGGCGUCGGCGGUGGAAGGACCAAACAGCAACGGCUUGGGGGAAUUCGGCGUGGUGGGCGCGGAGAGCGGCCUGCCGAUCGGCUGCCGGUACUGGAUCCCGACGCCGGCGCAGAUCCUCAUCGGCCCCGUGCAGUUUAUCUGCCACGUCUGCAACAAGACCUUCAACCGAUAUAACAACAUGCAGAUGCACAUGUGGGGCCACGGUCGCGAGUACCGGAAGGGCCCGGAGUCGCUCAAGGGCACGCAGACGCUGGCGAUGCUGAAGCUGCCGUGCUACUGCUGCGCGCCGGGGUGCAAGAACAACGUGGGGCACCCGCGGGCGCGGCCGCUCAAGGACUUCCGCACCCUGCAGACGCACUACAAGCGCAAGCACGGCGCCAAGCCCUUCCGCUGCCGCCGCUGCGCCAAGCCCUUCGCCGUCAAGGGCGACUGGCGCACGCACGAGAAGAACUGCGGCAAGCGGUGGUUCUGCGCCUGCGGAUCCGACUUCAAGCACAAGCGAUCCCUCAACGACCACGUCCGCUCAUUCGGCGCCCACCACCACCCCGUCGGCGAGUCCGCCGCCGCCGGCGAGGUCCGACGCUUCCGUCAUAUAUAGUGUACUCGAUCGCCGGUGAGAUCGAUCGACGAUCGAGAGCUACCCUACCCUACCCCGGCCGGCCCCAAAGAUAUAUGGUGAUCGUCGAUCUGCAUGCUGCAUGCUGCAUGCGUGCGAACCAUGCAAUCGAUGAUGCUACUAGGAUCAAGGUAACUGAGAACUAGCAGUACGUAGAUAUUUCCUUGGAUAUAUCUCAGCACCAAUAUUUAAAGCGAGAUGAUAGAUCAACAAUAAGGUGGCUGCUGAUUGCACCAGAUUAAGCUGUGAAGUAGCUGAAUUUUCUUCUCCCGGAACCAUGGGCUGCAGGCUGCGUUACUCGCUGCCCAUGUAACCUCUUGUACUGGAGAAAAUUUCCCGGCUUCACAGGCUAAUGAAAUGUAGUCCGGAAUCUACUGGUAUGCAAUUUCAUGAGACGUGUGUAUUGAGGCACGGUCAAUUGUUAACUGGCAUAUAUUGAUGAACCGGUUACUAUCGA